GGGUAGCGCCAGCGGUGAAGAACGAUGACGAAUAGCAAUACGUGACGCAGCAAUCUCGGUGAGUGAUGGAGAUGGAGGGGGAGCUACAACGUGGAGCACUUCGACUAGAGGAUAUGCUCUUCCAUAAUGAAGACGACCUCUUGCUUGCAGAGGAUACUGAAGGUGAGCAAGAUGAUGAUUGCGACGUGCUCCGCUAUUUUACAAAUAUCCGCGCUGUGUUUGAGAGCUGGGAAUCCGAAAGUGAGACGAACUGUGAUGUUGCUGUGCGUGAGAGCAACGAGUAUGAGAGGGGGGCAGGAGAGAGGUGGGUUAACCUGAUGGCACUCUCUUAUCCGUUUGAGGAUGAGAGUGCAGCUGGUGAUGGAGAGAGGGAUUAUGCCACUGAUGAUGCAGGUGAGUGGGAGGUUGAGGAUGAGAGUGCAGUUGGCGAUGGAGAGCGGGAAUAUGCCACUGAUGACGCAGGUGAGUGGGAAGGGGAGUGGGGGCUAUUGGCAACGGUGGCAACGGCAGCAGCAGCAGCGACAGCGGCAACGGCGAAAGCAGAAGCAAAUACAGCAACAGUAACAACAACAACAUCAACAACAACAAUAAUGGAGGUGGAGCAGGGGUUUAUGGCAGAGGCGGUGGUCGUGGUAGAGGAGACGCAAGGAAUGGGUGAGAUUCACGAGAAGGGUGGGGUAGUUCACAACAACAAUGACAACAACAACAAUAACAACUACAACAACGCCGGCAAGCAGCGAAUGAGCAAACUGGGUGAUACGACCGUGAAGGUGGAUAACAACAACAACAACGACAGCGACAACAACGAGAUGGACGAGAGGGGAGAGAACGCUGACAGUAGCAACAACAACAACAACAACAACAACAACNAUGGACGAGAGGGGAGAGAACGCUGACAGUAGCAACAACAACAACAACAACAACAACAACAACAGCAACAACAACAACAACAACAACAACAACAACAACAAUAUAAACAACAACAAAGACGGCGAAAACAA